CAGGAACAGACGACGGUGCCGGAAGCGUGUUCAUUAACCACCCCCCUCCGGGCUGGGUGGUAGGGCUUACGCGGCGCCGCGCGGGCGGGCGGUCCAGACCCACCUCUCCCCCUUUCGCGCCCCUCCCCGCCGCGCUGGGGGGUGGUAGGGCCCGCUCCGCCCCUCCUCCCCCCCUACCCCCCGGCGGUGGCGCGGGUGGUGCGUCCCGGCAGCAGCCGCGUCCCGGCCGGCGCCCGCCCCCUCCGCCUUGUCAUUGAUGUUGUUGUUUUUGUCGCAGGAGCUGGAGGCGAGGCCGGGGCCGCCGCCUGGGGCCGCCGCAGCGGGGCUCGGGCCGGCGCCAGGCAUGUCGGUGUGCGGGGAGGCGGUGGGCGCCGGCUCCCUGCCCAGCGAGCUGGUGGUCCACAUCUUCUCCUUCCUGGCGGGCCCCGACCGGCUGCGGGCCUCGGCCGCCUGCUCGCACUGGCGGGAGUGCUUGUUCUACCCGGCCCUGUGGCCGCGCCUCCGCCUUAGCCUCCGCGUCUCGCCGGCCGAGCGCCCGCGCCUCGAGUUCCUCAUGCGGAAGUGUGGCUGGUUCGUCCGUGAGCUCCGCGUACAGUUCGCCGCCGACAACUACCCCAGCAGCGGCGGCGGCGGAGGGGGGGCGGCGGUAGCGGCGGCGGCGGCGAGCGAGGGCGCCUCCGCGGCGGGCGACGGGGAGGCGGCGCCGCCGCUGUGCCCGCGCUGGCUCGACCUGCUGAGGACCUACCUGGAGCUGGUGUUGUGCGUCCUGAGCAGCGUCCGGAACAACAGGAACCUCCAGAAGUUAAGUCUCUUUGGGGAUAUAAGUAUUCUGCAGCAACAUGGAAGUAUAUCAAAUACAUACCUCGGUAAGGUUGACCCUGAUGGCAAGAAGAUUAAGCAAAUCCAACAGCUGUUUGAAGAGAUAUUGGGCAAUAGCAGGCAAUUGAAAUGGCUGUCUUGUGGGUUUAUGCUGCAAAUAGUAACUCCCACAUCAUUGUCCUCCUUGUCAAACCCUAUAGCCAACACCAUGGAACAUCUGAGCUUAUUGGACAACCACAUCCCUGGUAAUACCACUCUUAUCACCGCGGUUGAAUUGGAGCGCUUUGUGAAUCUGCGUUCGCUCGCUUUGGAUUUCUGUGAUUUUACAGCUGAAAUGGCAAGAGUCCUGGCUGAUAGCAACCAUGUGCCUUUGCAUCGACUGUCUCUCCUGGUCCACAGUGUUUCCAUAAUGCACAAGUCAUUGGACAGUAUGCCAGAAGAUGAGAAUUGGAAGGCACUGACUCGCAACAGCACUAAUCUUCGGGUCUAUAUAAUGGCUUUUGAUGUCAAAAGUGAUGAUAUGUUAAGGAUUCUUAAGCCCAGUAUCCCCCUAGAGAGGAUUCACUUUGACAGCUACAUCACUUGUGUUUCAGGGGCUGUUGUUGACCUCAUAUCCAGGCAGUAUGACAAGUUCCUCACUCACUUUAUACUAAUGAAUGAUGUGAUAGAUAUGUCUGGUUUCCCAGAUCUCAGCGACAACCGGAAUGAAGAUCCACUUGUCUUACUAGCCUGGAGGUGCACAAGGCUGUCUCUCCUGGCUGUUCAUGGUUACACAGUUUGGGCUCAUAAUCUCAUAGCAAUUGCUCGUCUUCGUGGCUCUGACCUGAAAGUUCUAGAAGUCACAGAAGAAAGCAUUGAUUUUGACCAAGGAGAACUGGCUGAUCAGGAUGUGGAUCCAGUACACAAUCUCAUCGAGCAAGUAUCUCUCGGAUUGGGUCGACCUUGGCAUGCUGUCAUGGACAUAGAGCUGCUCAGUGUCUUCACUGAGCCAACUUGUCACUUCUACAGAGAGAUGCAAAGCUUCAGUGAAGGCAUUUAGCUCCUUAUCUAAAAUUCCUGUGGUUACAUAUGCAAGUAGGGUCCUAUUAUGUUUUUUUUUCAGUAGUGUGAAUUAACCCCUUUUGUGCUGUGUUUAAUCAGUAUUAGCUAUAUAGAAUUAUAUAUGUGUACUCUACUUCUUGAUCAAAGAACGUAGUCGGGUAUUGGUUUAGAAGCUGAAAGUGGCAGUGUUUAGGGUUUUCACGGUUAAUGGACUUGUCUACCAAACCUUACAGAGGCACAGCCAAAGGCUGUCCGAGGUUGCCAGCUAACUUUUUACUUCUACUGAUAACUGCAUUUGGAAUGAUUUUUACUCUUGUAUCGGAGUUCUGUGCUCAGGAGCCAACCCUUUUUAAUACCCAUAUCCAUAGCCCAGUGGAUUUCUGUGCUGUCAUUGUGUGUUUAAUCUGGUAGCAUGCUACUUAAUAGGCUUAAAGGAAGAGAAGUCUAUCCAGGGCUGUUCAUCGUAAGACUCUCACCUUGCUUUAUUUCACGUGCCGAUUCUGAAGCAUGACUUAACUCCCAUUCUCAGCUUUUCCUAGCUGGUAAGUGGUGGGGUGAAACACUAGCUGUUCAGGUACCUGCACUUCCAGAUCCACUCCAUGAGUGUAUGUAGUCUUUUGGAUUCUUUGCAAACUCCUCCUUGUUUAUUCUCAUGUUCUGUCAUCUUAAAAGUUAGCUUUGGGCCAAAGUUUUGAAGAAAAAAAAGCAAGAAUGUGCACUCCGAUGAGGUAAAAACAUAACAGUGAAGACUUCAGUACUAAGGUAUACACCUGCAAACAAACAUUAGUCGUGAAAUCCCUAGCAACCGAGUCACUGGAUUUUCUCUGUCAGCGCCUGUGUCAGCUGCCAAAGAAUAGAUUAAAAACGAAGAAGUGCCCACAUGCUGGCAGGGGCAGGCCAACUUUUGGCCAGCCAGAUACUGCUAGAUUGUAAUAUAUAAGGUCGAAUUUCGACCUGUGGUACACAGCUGUGCUGUGGCUCAGUCAGCAACCUCAGAACUCUUAACAAACAUGCACCUGUUUCACUGUGAAUAGUGAAUGUAAAGGAAGGAAAGGAAGCAAAUACAAAGCUUGUUCUAUCACAGGUAUGAGCUGCUAUGAUGCAUGAAGAACAUUCCAUGAAGUAUGUUUUAAAAUCUUGUUAUAUCUGAGAGGCUUUAAAAGCCGAUUUAACUGUUUCAGGGCAACCGCGGUACAGACGUGGUCUCUGUGAGACUUCCACCUGACCCCAGUUUUAAGUGGUACGAAUGUUGUGCAUUUAAUGUUUAAAGGACAGUCUGCAAUAAUAAAGUAAGUGGCCAACGUGGGUGCCCAGCAGUGCUGAGACCUGGCUGCUAUAUUGUAAGCUUUGGAAAACACAAUUUAUGCAACAGAUGUCCAGAUAUGAUUCUAUUUAUGGAAAAAGUUUAUAUGUGUUUUACAAAUGGUUUUACCAUCUUAUAUUAAAAUGACCUUUUGACAGGUGUGCGCUGUUUUGUCUCCAGUGAGCACAUACCAUGCGGAUUUUAUAUGUACAUCAGUAGAGUGAAUCCACUGGCACAGUGUGUGUAUAUGCCAGAUGUGGUGAGAUUUUAUCUUAUAAAUGUGAUCAGACAAAAAAAACUCCUGACAGAAAAUGUAAGGAAACCAGCUGAAUGUUUGAAUUGAUGACUGAUGUUGUAUGGUUUAUGUUAAAUGUAUAUUCUUUUAAUCAAUGAAUAAAGCAUUAAAAAUUGAUCACUGUAUAAAAUACUUUAUUGUAUCAGCAUGAAGACUUUUAGGAUUAAAAUGCACCAUCGUUGAUAAGCUGUGUGUAACUGGUAGCUCCCGUUGUGUUUAGGUCAACAAAAAGAGUCUAAACUAAGUCAUACAGUAUUUUUUCUUUUAUUUUUUUUUUUUAAUUUGGCUGAGUUUUGCCAUUGUUUUUGGCAGGGGUGGAAAAAGGGGAAGGAUGCUUUGCUAAAGAUCAGGCUAUCAGACCAGUUAGCACAAACAGUGUAUUGUGAUAUAACUUACUAGACUGAUACAGUAAACUGUGGAUUAUAGACUAUAGAAGACUAUUUUUGAGAAGUUCCUGCUGCAUCUGUUGCAAUUGCUUAAAUCAAAAUCUAAUGUGCUCAAGAAAAACAAUGUGUAGUACUUCUUUGGUGUCCCACUAUUAAAUAGAUUCUGAAUACCUGCAA